GCAGUGGAGUUAGGGAGUCAUAAUUCAUCAGCAUCAAUCAGUCAACAAAUCAUAAAAAAAUUUUAAAAAAGUGAGAUGGAAGUCGGUGAAAAGAGUGAGAGUCCAAGUGAAGUGAAAGCCUCCGGAUAAGAACUCAAAUUCCAAAAAAGAACUCAAGUCCAAAAGAAUCAGAUUAAAUAAUGGAGUGCCCCAAGGAGGGCAACGAGGUCCUCAAGGAGAAUCCCAAUGGCUCCAAGGGAUUGACUCAGGAUCAGGUGGAGAAAGUGGAAAAAAAGGGAAAGGAUGACGGCAAUGACAUGGACUUUGAUGAUCUUCUUCCUUAUGUUGGGGAGUUUGGACUCUACCAGAAGAUUCUCUUCGUCCUCAUGGUACCUUUUGCUUUUUUCGUCGCUUGGGUCUACUUCAGUCAGAUAUUUAUCACUCUGGUACCAGCUGAUCACUGGUGUCGGGUGCCUGGUCUUGAGAAUCUCACGGAUCAGCAGAGAAUUGCGCUGACAAUACCACCAGCACGUGAUGGCGAUGAGGCGAGUUCCUUGGGCUUUUCAAAAUGCUUCAUGUACAGUGUUAAUUUCACGGAAUUGUUGGCGAACAGAACAAUUUUAAUUGCCGAUCCAUCAUGGCCGACGCAAAAAUGCCAAUUUGGAUGGGAGUACAAUUAUACCGAUGUACCGUACGAAACAGUUGCAUCUCAGUACGAUUGGGUCUGCGAGCAGGCGGCAUUGCCCACUAUCUCUCAAAGUAUUUUCUUCGUGGGUGCAAUUUUUGGUGGAUUGAUAUUCGGAUUCAUAGCUGACAGAUAUGGAAGAAUUCCCGCACUUGUUGGAUGCAACAUUGUCGGCUGCAUUGCCGGAUGCUUCACAGCACUCGCCACCAAUUUCUGGCUCUUCACCCUCUGCCGAUUUUUCGUGGGAUUCGCCUUCGAUAAUUGCUUCACAAUGAUGUACAUCCUAGUUCUUGAAUAUGUGGGACCAAAAUGGCGAACAUUCGUAGCGAAUAUGUCGAUAGCUUUGUUCUUCACAUUCGCGGCAUGCAUUCUCCCCUGGAUUGCAUAUUUUCUCGCUGACUGGCGAAUGACUUGCAUAGCAACAUCAUUACCACUGUUACUGGCAAUUGCAACACCCUGGUUUGUACCAGAGAGCGCCAGAUGGUUAGUUAGUAUGGGUCAAGUCGACAAGGCCGUUGAGAUCUUGAAGAAGUUUGAGAGAAUCAACGGCACCAGAGUACCCGCCAGCGUGUAUCGACGUUUCAAGGAAAGCUGCGAGAGAGCUAGAAAGGCGGAGGAAGCUGAGAACGGAUAUUCAGUCAUUGAUCUGUUCAAGAGCCCGCGACUCCGUAGAAUUACUAUUUUAUUAAUUAUCAUUUGGAUGGCAAUAUCCCUCGUGUUCGACGGUCACGUGCGUAACGUCGACAACCUGGGCUUAAACGUUUUCGUGACAUUUACAAUAGCAGCAGCUACUGAAUUACCUGCGGACACGUUAUUGACACUAGUCCUUGAUCGAUGGGGACGCAGGUGGCUUGCGUGUGGCUCAAUGGUUGUUUCUGGAAUAUUCAGUAUCUGGGCCUGUGCUGUCACAAAUAACAUGUAUGCAGCAUCGCUUGCGAUUCUGGGUAGAUUCUGCGUCAACAUAUCGUACAAUAUUGGACUGCAGUAUGCAGCAGAAUUGCUGCCGACGGUGGUGAGGGCUCAGGGUGUUGCCCUCAUCCAUACCAUGGGAUAUGUUGCUAGUAUAGCAGCGCCAUUCGUCGUUUACAUCGCCAUUAUCUCACCUAUUCUUCCGCUUUUACUUCUUGGGGUUUUUGGUAUUGUUGGGGGAAUUCUUGCGUUAUUGCUACCCGAGACUCUUGAUAAGGACUUGCCACAGACUCUCCAGGAUGGGGAGGAGUUCGGGAAGGAGCAGGGAUUGUGGGACAUGCCUUGUUUGAUGAAGAAAGCGGAGGAUGAGAAACAGAGACCUGAAAUCAUCAGACACUACAGGACUGGCAGCUUGAGGAGCAAUUUUGGGACAUCACUUCGUGGAGAAGCUUUCAGGAGCAGCAUGAUCCAGAGGUCUAGUAUUAGGUCGCGAAAAGGGGCCCCCAGCUCACCUGUCGAGGUCGUCAGGCUGUGAUUUAAGGAUAGAAUUGCAAUUAUCAAAUUUUUUUACUCUCUCACGUCAAAAAUUAUGCAUAGCGUAUCUCUGAGAAUUUCUAUAAUCCUUGUAAUGAUAUUUUGAUCGAUAUUUUGUGACUUGCAUCGAAAAAAUAAAGGGAAAAGCUCGUCGUCACGUAUCAAUGAAUUGAAUAGAAUAAUUUGAAGCUGUCGUGUUAUAAUUCUAUCGGUUUCAGAUUUUUCUACUGAAUUUUGAUGACAAAAGUCACAAAUACCUGGUAGAUAUAAUUUAAUUAAUUGCUCUCCCAAUAAUCAAAGCAUUAAUUCAACAUCCACUUUAAGAACUCAUAUCUGAACUUCAGUUCACUUCACGAUAUUCUUUGAUUGAUCGAUUCACAGGUUAAUCAAUCAGUUUGAAUCACUCGUUGGCACUUCGUUUCGGUUGUCUGAUUUAGAUAUUUUUCGAUGGAUGAAAAAUAUGUACGACAGAUUCGAAGCUCAGAAAAUAGUUUUUAUUCUCGGAGUAAACGAAAUUAGAACGCAUCCAUAUGUAAAUUAUAAUUUGUUGUAGGAUUGUACGAUUAAACGAAAAUAAAAUGAUAUAAUUGGAAUUAUUAAAACGUCAACAGGUGUUUUGCAAGUGGACGCCGAGUAAUCGAAUACAAUAACAUUUUAACAUUCUGUAUCACUCAGUAUCGUAUUUCGAUCAGUGUUCACACCGUUAAUUGUUAAUAACUAUAAUCGCUAAUCAUUACUGAUUAUUUUUAAUGCAUUGUAUA